CGUUUUGCCAAGAUGUCGGCCGCCAUCGCUGCGCUCGCGUCGUACGGCGGCUCCGAUUCAGACUCCGACUCGGGCUCGGAAGCUGAGGGCAGGCCCAGCCGUUCAGCGCAGGUUGCCAGCGGGGAUGCGGUGCUGCACCUCGCCUCGUCUGCCGCUGCCCAGCAAGUGAUGUUGCCGGUGGUGGACUCGGCACCCUCAGUGGCUGUGAAGGAAGAUGUGGAAACGGGACUUCACCUUGAUCCAACUACCAAGGAAGUUCAAUAUAACCCAACCUAUGACACAAUGUUUGCACCUGAGUUUGGGCCAGUGAAUCCAUUUAGGACUCAGCAGAUGGCUGCACCCAGGAAUAUGCUUUCUGGAUAUACAGAACCAGCACAUAUUAAUGAUUUCAUGUUUGAACAACAAAGAAGAACAUUUGCAACCUAUGGAUAUGCAUUGGAUCCAUCAAUUGAUAAUUAUGAGGUUCCUACUAAAUAUAUUGGAUCUGUUGAAGAAGCUGAAAAGAACCAAGGUCUCACUGUGUUUGAAACAGGACAAAAGAAAAUGGAAAAAAGGAAAAAAUUCAAAGAAAAUGAUGCAUCCAAUAUUGAUGGCUUCUUGGGACCAUGGGCAAAAUAUGUUGAUGAAAAGGAUGUUGCAAAACCUUCAGAAGAAGAGCAAAGGGAACUGGAUGAAAUAACAGCAAAGAGGCAAAAGAAAGGCAAGCAUGAAGAUGAUAAACCUGGAGAAGAAAAGACUAUUUUGCAUGUCAAAGAGAUGUAUGACUAUCAAGGGAGAUCCUACCUUCAUGUUCCUCAGGAUGUUGGAGUUAACCUCCGUUCAGCAGUACCUCCUGAGAAAUGUUAUCUUCCUAAGAAACAGAUCCAUGCAUGGUCUGGUCAUACAAAGGGCGUCAGCGCUGUCAGGCUGUUUCCUCUUUCUGGCCACCUGCUGUUGUCUUCCUCCAUGGACUGUAAAAUUAAGCUCUGGGAGGUAUAUGGUGAACGAAGAUGCUUGCGAACUUUCAUUGGGCACAGUAAAGCUGUUCGAGAUAUAUGCUUUAACAACGCUGGGAGCCAGUUUCUCAGUGCUGCCUAUGACCGGUAUCUUAAACUCUGGGACACUGAAACAGGGCAGUGUAUUUCAAGAUUCACCAACAGAAAAGUUCCUUACUGUGUCAAAUUCAAUCCCGAUGAAGAUAAGCAGAAUCUUUUUGUAGCAGGAAUGUCAGAUAAAAAAAUUGUACAGUGGGAUAUUCGAAGUGGAGAAAUUGUUCAGGAAUAUGAUAGACAUUUGGGGGCUGUCAACACCAUUGUGUUUGUAGAUGAGAAUCGAAGAUUUGUGAGUACAUCCGAUGACAAGAGUUUAAGAGUCUGGGAAUGGGACAUUCCUGUCGAUUUCAAGUACAUAGCAGAGCCAAGUAUGCACUCAAUGCCUGCAGUGACUUUGUCUCCAAAUGGAAAAUGGCUGGCUUGUCAAUCAAUGGACAAUCAAAUAUUGAUCUUUGGAGCUCAAAACAGAUUCAGACUAAAUAAAAAGAAAAUCUUCAAGGGUCAUAUGGUAGCAGGUUAUGCUUGUCAAGUAGAUUUUUCACCUGACAUGAGCUAUGUGAUAUCCGGUGAUGCAGAUGGAAAACUGAAUAUCUGGGACUGGAAAACAACAAAGCUCUAUAGUAGAUUAAAAGCCCAUGACAAAGUAUGUAUAGGUGCAGUGUGGCACCCACAUGAAACAUCCAAGGUGAUCACAUGUGGAUGGGAUGGUCUCAUUAAACUGUGGGACUGAAGGUUCUACUACUGGAUUCUAAAUCUCCGAUGAGUUGAUGAAUAUCCAAGAUUUCAGCACACAUAUUCUGCAUCAAAGAUGAACAUUACUAUGGCUGUUUUCAGUAUUACAGUGCACAAUACCAUAUUGGAAAUUCAAAAGACUUGGUCUGCAGGUUUCUAACCUCAAGUUAUGAGGAGCUGAAAACGACUCAUGAGGUGACCGAAAGUUAAGAGUUCUUUCAUAAGCCUGUUAAUUACUUUAAAAAUUAAAUGGAUUGAACUGGAGAGAUUCAUAAAGCUUUGUGUUUAUGAAAGUGAAGCAGAGACAUCACAAGCUUCACUCUGCAAGUGCAUAAUUGGGAAGGAAAAAAAGUGUUUUCAUUUUGGUAUAAUGUGGUGAUGCACCUGUUAUAAAAACUAUUUGGAAGCAUUCUCCAAUUUCCAAGUACAUAGGAUAUUGUUGGGAUUAUGUGUGUAUAUUUAUAUAAUAGCCAUUGCUACUCGGAAUUGUCUUUUAUUUAAUAGAAAUUGUUAGCCAUAUUGAAAUACAUACCUACGCAAAAACGCUGUGCACAACUGCAGUUCGUAGCCCAAGUUCAAUUUUCUGUGUGGGGAAAAUCCAUCAUCACCCGUUCUUGAAGGUAUGGAGAGGACUCUGAGGAAGUGAUCGAUAGAGGGGGUCCAUCUGUUGCUGUGCCCGGACAGCCCCUCGCCCAUUAUUCCCUCUCUUGGAAAUGGAGGAAGAAAACAACCCAAUAGUAUUGGGAGUACAGGUUCAUUUUUAUCUGCCUUUUUAUCAUGUCUGCUUUUUUUUUUUACCUUUCAGAUCACAACUCUGGUUCCCAUUCUUAUUCUAGAUUUGCUUAUUAUAAAAAAUGAAUCCAAAGAACAUAGUGUAUGUUUAUAAAACAUCUAACAAGUAAUUCACCAAAUACUGUUUCAGUAGAAACCACAUUCAGCCAAUUGGGCUUGUGCAGGGGCAGCAAUAAGUUUGAAUUUCUGCCUUUCUAAAUAUACCUCAAAGAAGGUAUAAUUGGAAGCAAACUGCAGGCGCAUUAUCACUUCACCACUCAAGUCUUGUAAAUGGGCACUUUAAUAUCUAUUUUUAUUUUAUGGGAUUGUGUUUUUUGUGCUAAACUGCUGUACAUAUGUCUCAAUCCUUUUUUACAGAACUUAUUUUUAAUAAAUGUUUUUAUGAAAAGACAGGUUUCAACUUGGCGCAACUUCUCUAGCAUUGUCCAAAGUCUGCUUUUUAAAAUAUUUAUUUGGUAUAGAAGUUGUAACAACCUAGUUCUCCACAAUGCCGAAGUGUGAAAUUCUUUUCUUGAAUUUAUAGUAUUAAAAUAUAAUGGAAGAA